AUGAUGUCCGCUAUGUAUGACGAGGAUGAUGUGUUUAAUCGGUCACCGCCCUUGGAGGCGAUAAAACCCGACUAUGGAGAGAGCAAAUCACUACCGCCGUUUGUUCCAACUUGCCAGAAAGAUGCCGAAACAGCGGGUGCAACCCGUAAGCCCAACCACCGGGAGCCUCGGAUUGCAACUCAUGAGGGCGACCGAGUGCUGAUGGGGUAUCUAGCUCCGCAACACCCUGAGAUGGCUGUAACGGCAAGGAAUGGUCCACUCGAACCUGGGAAUUUCAAGAAUUAUAGACCGCCCGACUUUGAUCCCAGAAGUAACAAAAAGCCAAAUCCAACUAGGGACGAUCCUCGGCCCAAGGAAAGGUUAAUAAUAAUAGAGCCUCCUUCCGGACCAGCCUCAGAACCAAAGAUUGAGAAGAAACCGCCUUUGAUAACAACCUCGGCCCCAUCCAAGCCUGUUGAACCAGCUGUGGAUGUCAAAAGUGAGCUUGCUCCAAGGGAACGGCCUCCAUCAAUCAGCGAUUCGAACCGCCGGUUCUCACCAGAAUUGCCUCCUCUUCAAACUUCCCCGGGACUUGGUGUCAACCCUCGAAUUUCCUCGUCAUCUCUCAACCCAAUCCAACGAUCUCCUGGAUCAUGCCUCAAAAAUUCUCCAGAUGGCAGUCAUCAAAAGCUGCCGUCGAUUCAAAAGGCUCUCAGCGCGUUGACGGACUUCGGUCCAUCACCAGUCAACACAAUGCCAUCUCCCUACCCUUUCACUUCCUGUCCCGGAUCAACAACAUCUGGGAACGAUUCUCCAUUCGACCGUCCUUUUCCGGGAAAGUUUCCCAUCCCCGCCAGUCCUUUUUCUCACUUUUCGCCGGUGAGUAUGAAGGACGCCUCUACUAACCCAUCUCCGGCCUCACACUCAUCCUUCUGGCCCGGAACACCCCAUUGUGAGAUGCUGUCCGCUCAGACCCCGUACGAGGCUUCCCCUAUGACUGCCAAAAGCCCUGCAACCAGUUAUCCCACGCCCACGGAACAUGUGGGCGCGGGUAUGAGCGAUCGUCAUUCGCUCGCUGCGUCCACUCCCCAGGCCAAUGGCGGCCCUGUGGGAAGUUAUAAAUGUGCCCAUCCUGGAUGCACCGCUGCACCAUUCCAAACUCAGUAUCUCCUCAACUCUCAUGCCAAUGUGCACUCACAAGAGCGCCCGCACUUUUGCCCUGUCGAGGGCUGUUCACGCGCAGUCGGUGGAAAGGGCUUCAAGCGCAAGAACGAAAUGAUGCGCCAUGGCCUCGUUCACAACUCUCCCGGCUACGUCUGUCCCUUCUGUCCAGACCAGCAACACAAAUACCCGCGACCCGACAAUCUUCAACGACAUGUUCGUGUACAUCACGUUGACAAGAACAAAGACGAUCCUAUUCUCCGACAUGUUCUCGCCCAAAGACCGCUUGGCAGUGCCCGCGGGAGAAAACGCAGGAUGAACAAUACAUGA